AUGGAGGCGUUGGGGGCGCUGGGGGCGCUGGGGGCGGGGGCGGCGCUGCUGCUGGGGCUCUACGCGCUGCUCUACUACUACUUGGGGGUCGCCACCCGGUGCAGGAACGCGGUCAGCCUGCGGGGCAAGACGGUGCUCAUCACAGGGGGAAAUGCAGGGAUCGGGAAGGCCACAGCGGUGAAUCUGGCCCGGAGAGGCGCCCGUGUUGUCCUGGCAUGCCGCGACAAAGCGAGAGGAGAAUCCGCCGUGUACGACAUCAGACGGGAAAGUGGGAACUCGGAGGUGAUCCUGAUGAUCCUGGAUCUGGGCAGCCUGAACUCCGUCCGAGCUUUUGCGCAGAGCUUCUUAGAAUCGGAGCCCCGUCUGGACAUCCUCAUCAACAACGCAGGGGUCCUUAAGGAUGGUCAAACCUCCGAUGGCUUUGACCAGGCCUUCCAGGUCAACCACUUGGCCCACUUCCUGCUGACCCACCUGCUCCUGGACCGGCUGAAGCGCUGCGCCCCGAGCAGGAUCGUAAUUCUGUCCUCGAGUGCACACAUGUAUGGGAAGAUCGACUUUCGGACCUUCAACAAACCGACCAAAUGCCUGAUAAAGGGCGGACAAUCAUACGCCAACAGCAAACUAGCCAAUAUGCUCCAUGCCAGAGAGUUGGCCAAGCGGCUGGAAGGAACCAACGUCACCUGCUACGCGGUUCAUCCAGGAAUUGUUAAAACCGAAAUUGCUCGCUCCUAUCCCUGGUGGUCACUUUGGUUGGUUUGGUUCGUGAGGCUGUUCAUCCGAAAUUCUGAAGCUGGGGCUCAGACCUCCAUCUACUGCGCCACCGAGGAGGGCAUCGAGAGGCUGAGCGGGCGGUAUUUCGUGGACUGCCGGGCGAAGGUGCCCUCGCCACAGGCCUGCGAUGACCAACUGGCUAAGAAGCUGUGGGAAUUCAGCGAGAGGCUGUUGGGACUGACCAGCUAAAUAUUUCCACUUUAAAUUUGACCGCUAACUUUCCUGAGGUGAAGGCAGGAAAAACCACAUGGAAAAGCACACUCAAAAUCACACAAAAAUCACAUCAGAUACCUCUACAGUUAGCACAGGGCUGAAUGCUCUCUCCAUUGCUCUUCUCUCUAUAUACCAGGGGUGUCGAUCACGAGGCCCGUUGGCCGCAUCCAGGCCAUGAUGUGGUCAGAUCUAACCCGCGGGGCCUUCCUAGAAAAUGUAAGGUUCCGGCUUGCAUGGCUUCAGCCCGGUCUAUCCAGUCCCCCCCCCCUUGGUGAUUGUGUCAGGUCUGGGUCGCCAGGCACACCAGGGCUGACAGGUUGCAGAUGCCGACCCUGGGCAACCUAGAUUUCUGCCAUAUGGAAGCAAGAAAAGAAUAACAGAGAAGGAAUAACUUUUCCAAGAUUGUUUCACUUUUACACCCACAUCUUCUAACCAACUCGGGAAAGGACAGAAAAGUCAUGAUUUAAUAUUCUUCAUUUGAAGGUAGAGGGAGCCCUCGCCUUACGACCUUUCGUUUAGUGACCGUUCAAAGUUACGACGGCACUGAAAAAAGAGACUGACUUACGACCGUUGCAACAUCCGCAUGGUCAAAAUUCAGACGCUUGGCAACUGCCUCACAUUUAUGACGGUUGCAGUGUGCCGGGGUCACGUGAUCCCCCUUUGCGACCUUCUGAGGAAACCAGAAAACCAGAUUCACUUAACAACCAUGUGGCUACUGUAACAAUUGCAGUGAUUCACUUAACAACUAUGGCAGGAAAGGUUGUAUAAUGAGGCAAAACUCAUUUGACAACUGCCUUGCUCAGCUAUGGAAAUUUUGGAUUUAACUGGUUGUAAGUCGAGGACUACCUAUAAUAUUCUUCAUUGGAAUGUAUUAGCCACCCAGUUGUGUGUUGUCAUGUGUGCAACAACACACACACACACACACACACACACACACACUAUUUUAACCAAGUCAGGGAACAGACAGAAGAUCAUUUAUGUAAUAUUCUCUAUGUCAGACUUUGAUGCUAUCUCAGAAUAAAUGAAUUUCCAAACUGCC